UGAAGUGAAUAAAACAGGACAUUAGGUGAGCAAUUGUGAUUUAUAGAUGUCUAUGAUGAGUAAAUGAUGUCACACUGUUUCCUAAUGAACAAGACGUAGGGAGUUGAAUUACGAUUGCUACCAGUGCAGGCUAUGUCCGACAUAUCCCUGUCACCGACACCGUCCCAGGAAAACCUUGCCAAUACAAUGGACGCUUCCAUGUACAAUGCAAUUGACACAUUUAUGGCCAAUGAAGAACAGUCCUAUGAUGAUUUUAUGAAACAGUUUACACAUUUAACAAAAGAUGAUGUUAAAGCAGAGAUGCUUAGAAAGCGAGAAGUCAUGUUUAAGAAAAUGAAAGAAUCUAAUUCUAAGUCUGUAGCUGAGAGUAGCAAGCAGUGUAGCGUACCUAAGGAUGUUAGUGACACCUGCCCAGGUGUGUUUACUGGGGAGGUGGAGGAGCUGGAGGAGGAGGAGGUGCUGGAAUUUGGAACCAGUAGCAGUAUAAUGACAAGUGGAGUUAACAAUGGACCUAAACAGUCCGUGGUAAAGUUUGACAACUUUGUUGAGAUAGAUGAAGAUGAUGAAGAUUUAUUGGAGGGUAGUGGUUAUGUUGCCAGUUUUGCUGAACAAGACCCCAAUCUGAAAUCAGAAGUUACAGAACCGAGCUUGCUUGAUCAGGAGCAGACAGAUACCAAGGAAACUGAAAGCCAAAGGGAGAUAACUCCUGCAUCUUUAGCUGUUAUAGAGCCGAACGCUGAGAUAGGCUCUGCUGAAUGUGGUGUCCUUAAUCCUGGGGAAGUGGAAGACCUGCCAUCCAUAGAGCCAGUCAUACAGAAGGACCAAACACUCAACUUCUCCGCCAAAUUCAUGGAGGGAGCACCAAUCGAGGAGGAUCAACAGGUGUGUACGGAUGAGGUGGAGCCGUUCUGUUUAGACACAGACUUUGACUAUGAUAAUGUUAUACUGACUCCUAAGUAUUCCCAGGAGGAUGUUAUUCUCAUGAAAACUCUGAGGGAACAAAAUCAAGCAGAGAAAACAAAUUCUCAAGAAAAUGAGACCUAGCCAUGACAAUAAGAAAUUGAUCAUUUAUAGUCUACAUUGUGUGCUCAUUACAGUGAGACUUGGGUAUACAGCCAUCAGUUAGGGUUUUUUUUAUUUUUUUGUUUCAGAAAUUAUAUAAGUGUCACAAGAAGAAACUGGUUUUACCAACACGCUGCCUCAUCUAACAAAGUUACUUUUGAUGUUGGUAAAGACAGGUUCUAUCCUGUAAACAUUCCAGUAAUCAGGGAACAUUCUCAUUUAUCUUUUUUAACACGUUUACAAUCUUUUUACACCAGUAUGUUUCCGUCCAGUACUUUGAUAUUCAUAUUAAAAGAUGAACAUUUUUACGAAAUGA